GACACUGAUUAAAAUUAUCUUACUUACUCCUCAUAUAUACAAUUGAGACAUGAGUAUAACCUACAAAUACAUCUAUGCCCACAGGUUACUCAACCCUCCAGGAACAAACUAGUAAUUAUAAUAUGCUGUGACAGCAAAGAAAAAGCAAUGAGAAAAACUUGCAGCAAGCAAGAAAUGAAAAUAUGCUGACAUCAACAUUUCUACAAGUCUGCGCACUGAGGGGAAAGCAUCCCUAAUAGCAUGCACGACGCAGAUCGAGAUCCAGUGGAGUACUUUCUAUUGUAUUUUCUCGGAGCACCCCAUAUCCUUCUUGUGAAUGGCCGACAGGUGGUAUAACGAAAUUUACUGCAGAAAUAAGGGUUUUACGUCCAGUUUGCCGUUCAAGUAGCGCGUAAAGACCACACGGCGCUGCCGUGUAUGUUGCCAUGCUCUUCGGUUUCUCGGAUGUAUGUAAAAGACACUUGCAGUACUUCGGUGUCAAGGCACAGGAUUUCGAAAUAUUCGUUAGUUCUGAUGCAGUUGUCUGUCUGCUUUUCACACGCAUUCUCUACCUCCCGGCAGCAAAAACCGUAGUAUCCAUCCGUAGUAUCCGUCGGUUUGCAUUUCACACAUGAACACCUGCACGAUGAAAAAACAACGCUAGGUUUCGGCUUACACAAGUGCUUCUCCCUGAUACAUGGAAAUUUCACAAAGCAGUCCAUGUUCACGGCACGGUGAGCUACUGCUGAGGACGAAUGUGACUCCGAUUAAUUUCUGGACGAGGAAUCUUCUGCUGCGAAGAACACACUUUCCAGCACGCCAACGCACGAACAGCAGUUCUGUGUGAGCGACAGUUAUCGAAUGUGGAAUUCCAGCGCACUCAUGUUCAAGAGGCUCGACAUUCUCGACGUAGAAAGUGGUCACAAAUGCCCACUGCCAUUUUCGUUUUCGCCGGAUUAGCGCCCGGAAGUGCGCGUAUUACAUGCGUCCUCGACAGAUGGCGCGGGGUCAUGCAAUUGUUGACAGACUGCUCGGUUUCCUACUAGGUCCCUGGACGCCCUGGACAUGUAAUCAUGGAAAAUUCGAUUACAGAAAAACUACAGCGAUUUCAGCGGAGUUCUUUGAUAUUUGAACUUUUGAAGGUUCAAGCUUUUCGCUGAACAUAAAGUUUCGAUAGGUUUAUAUUCACUUUUCGGUCCCUUUAAGAUAUAUUAUAAGAAUUGUGAGUUGUGGACACGGCAGAAUGCUUGGUACAACGCUUAACCCACUGCUGUUUGUUAUUCCGCAGCUGCGCCUGUUUAUCAGCGAUCGUCUCCACGUUUGCACUGCUGCCUUUCAUGCUUCAAUUCGUUUCGCUUCGCCUGUCAGUGCUGAUAUCGGCAUCGGUACACGUGCUUUUGAUGACUUUGACUACCGAUCAUUCUGGAGGUACAGCGGUACACACUGGGAACCAGGCCGACCAGGCUACCCAGAUCCUAUAAGAACAGCAUCUUCCUGUCUCAGCGCCAGUGGUGGACACGGCAGAAUGCUCGGUGCAACGCUUAGCCCGCUUAGCCCACUGCUGUUUGUUAUCCCGCAGGUGAGGUCUAGCUUAGUUCAUACAAUCCGCAGCAACAGUUUGUUUUUUUGUAAUUGUGCCGUGUCCACACACGCUUGUCUCCAUUUUGUACGAUUGUUCCCUUAUGUGCCGUAUGUUGCUUAUGCGAUGUGGUGACGUCGAAAUGAACCCUGGCCCUUCUGUCACACUUGAAAAGAAGGUAAAUGAAAUUCUGAAAUGACAGUCAGACACCGCUGAAACGUUGAACGACAUUCGGCGUGAUCAGCGUUCUCUCCAGAAAGCUGUUGAAGAGAAUAGCGAGGAGGUUAAACAGCUAUCGGCAAGAAUAUCUAAUAUGGAAACGCUAUUAUCCGAUUUCACUGAGUUAAAGAGUACUGUCACAUCCCUUCAGAACUGUGUUUCACAACUACUGUCAAUGGUCGACGACCUCGAGAACCGUUCUAGGGGUAACAAUUUGAUUAUUCACGGUCUUCAGGAAGGACCUGAUGAAACUAAUGAAAAGCUGCUUGAACUGGUGAACACUUCUGUCUUCCAAAAAAUCGGCGUAGAAGUUCAUACGGUGGAACGUAUCCAUCGUCUGGGGCGUAAGCGGCCCAGUUGUAUGUCUUUUAUUUUUAGGGUGUAUGAUUUUAAAGAGAAGUAUCAAAUACUCGUAACUGUAGCAAAUUCAAGGGAACAAGCAUUUCUGUGAGUGAAGAUUUUUCAAAGAAAAUUCAGGAAGCGCGGGGACCGUUGUGGAAUAGCUGCUCAGCUGAAAGGAGUUCCGGUGUUAAAGCUGGCCUUGCCCACGACAAACUGUAUCUGCGUGACAAGGUCUACUGCUGGGAUUUUGUAACUAACUCUCGUAAGGAACUUGUCACGGCAACCGCGACAACGGUUCUGAGUAGCGAUAUUCUUAGUAGAGGACAUACUGAGGAUCUAAAUACAAAUUCCUGAUGUAUUGGGUCUGCCCCUGACGCUCUUUUAUACAAAUACUCGCAGCAUCUGCUCUAAUGAUAAGCGUGGCUGCCUUCUGUCGCACAUUGAUCAUUGUGACGCUGAUAUUGUGGCCCUCAUAGAGACUUGGCUGACAGCCCAUAUAAAUAAUGACGAAACAUUCGCCAACUCAUCACUGGUGUACGAGAUCUUUCUAUGUAAUAGUGCACAACGUAUAGGUGGUGGUGUGCUCUUGGCAGUCAGGCCAUGUUUGAAACCUGUUGUCAUUAACCUCUCGGUUGUUGAUCUUGAAAUGGUGUGGAUUUCCUUUCGUUGUACGAAUAAUAAUUUUGUAGUAGGUGUGUGUUACCGCCCGCCUGAUUGAUUGUCAUCUUUCGUUUCAUCGUUUCAUGAUGCACUCAACGAAAUAGCUGUCAGGUUCCCUUCAUCAAUAGUACACAUCGUCGGCGAAUUCAAUUUCCCUGAUAUUGUUUGGGAUCCGCUACCCGUCUCACGUGCCCACAAUAUGACUUGUGACGACUUUAUUGGAGUUGCAUCUAUUUUUAACUUGUCCCAAUUAAUUUUGCAGCCCACUAGAAUUGGCUCUACUCGUUCGAGUAACUUGGACCUUUUGUUCACAACUCACCCGAAUACUGUACAUUCUAUACAGUUGUUAGCCGGCAUUAGUGAUCACGCUAUCGUAGUUUCUUCUAUUGACAUACCUUUCAUUCGUGAACAUGUUACCACCAAGACGAUCACUUGUUACUCGAAAGCGAAUUUCGAUGCCAUCAACCAUGCCCUUUCUGCUUUUUCCGAAGACUUCCUCUCUUGUUUUUCAGCGCGGUCAUUACACUGGAAUUGGCUGCUUCUCAAGCGUGAAAUCAAACAUCUUGUUGACCUUCAUAUAUACCUCGGGUUACUGUUCAAGCUUGUAGCCGGUCCCCGCGGUUUAACAAAGCGCUCAAGAGGCUUAGAAACAAGAAAAAGCGGCUGUUCCGCUGGGCACGUAGCAGUAACAAUUCCGACCUGUGAGCUAGGUAUCACCACAGCGCGAAUGAGUUUAGAGGAACUGUAAAGUGAAAUUUGACCCCCCUGUUUCUGUGUGCGACCUGGUAGUGUUUGCCCGUGUGAUGCUCCACACAAAGCCUAAGCGUUGAAAGCGCGUUAAUUAUUACACAAAAUAAGUUCGAAAAGUUAAAUCGGACGGUAGGUCGCGCACCACAACAGCUAAAAAAGUCAUGAUGGGAGUACUCCAGUCACAUGGAACUUAAUUAUUAUACGAUGAAGUUAUGACCGGUUACUAAUUACUAGUAAGCGCUAUUUUGAGAAUCACAAGAAUUACCCGGACAAUUCUUCAAAAUAUCGGAGAAGCAGUAUCCAAAAAUACUGUCGGCGCCCCCUAUUUGCUCUCCUCCCAACCAUAUCGCGCAGCGUAAAUUGUGUCUGGCGAGGUCUGUGCGUGAAAAAAGUUUUUUUCCAGCCGAAAUUGAGCAGAACUUCACCUGACAGCAAUGCCAGGUAUCUACUGUAAUGUUCGGGGAUGCACCAACCGUGCUCUUUCGACAAGGGAUGUUGUGUACCACAAGAUUCCAAGGGAUAAUGUGAGAAAACGAAAGUGGUUCGAAGCGCUUGGCCAGGACAUUCGUGAUUCGGGCCGUAUCUGUUCAACGCAUUUCUCUGACGAGUCGUACGAAGUAGUAACAGCGGACGGUCGAAGACGUCUCAAACCGACCGCAGUCCCAACACCAGUGUUUCUCCUUGCGCGGACGUGUGACGACGCGAACAUCAGUGCACACGAGGUAUGUAUUUACUGAUACAUAGGAAUAAUUGGUUGACUAAAUUGAAACUGACUUGUGAUGCGUACGCUGCGUUACGUACCAAACGGAAUCAUUCACUACAGUUGUAUUCAAAACAUUCCUCCUUGAACAGACGAGCAGUGGCCCUGACCCGUCGCAGGAGUGGUUUCUGGCUGAUAACAGUGAUUUUAGCAAUCUCUGCAUGAUUGUAGCAGUACCAACGGCAGAUGACUCCACAUUGGCCACUACAUCGGCUGGUAGCAAUUCUAACCGUGUUACUGCAAAUGAAGCUAGUCUCCCAGAGUGCGAUCACACAUACUGUAGACCUACAGUGUUUUCAGAAUCGACACAGGUUUCCAUCAUAGCGGAUGAGAAAGUGGAAGUCAGAAGUAAAAGCACGCAAACGGAUCAUUCACCGUCAACACCUGUCAACAUGUCUCCAGUGAUGGUUUCAACACCUAUUGUCCGUACACCAUCAUGCCCAGAGGUGCAUGAUACGACUAUGUCUUCACCAGUGAUGGAGCCAGCCGAUGAGUCAUUCCGCAUAUCUGAAGACGACAGUUUUGAAUGUGGUGUGCCCUCUGCUUCACCAAUUGAUCAGAAGAAGUACAUCGUAUUUGAAGCUCCAUUGUUAGAACUGUUCGAGAAACGCAGGACUUGCGGUGCGGCGUGCAAAGUGGGCACAGAGGUUCGAGGGACACUUCUCACCGUAAAAGCUGAGUGCCCAAGUGAGCACACUUUAUCUUGGAAAAGCCAGCCAGAGGUGAACAGGAUGGCUGCAGGAAACAUCUUGCUGUCUGGCGCAAUACUUUUCAGUGGGGCUAGUGCAACCAAGGUUCUCCGGUUACUCGAGUCAAUUAAUGAUCAGGUGAUCUCGAAGGUAGCAUACAACACCUACCAGAGAGGGUGCCUAUUCCCUGCCGUGACACAGGUCUCGACUACAGAAAGAGAAUGCCUGCUCUCGUCACUUCAAGACAGGAACGUGGACCUUUUGGGUGAUGGCAGGUGUGACUCCCCUGGGCACUCUGCUAAGUACCUCACAUACAGCUUUAUGGAUGCAGCAUCACAGAAGAUCAUCAACUCUGUGCAAAUUCAGGUCGGGGAGUCAGAAGAUAUUAGAUCCAGCAGCCACAUGGAAAAGGCCGGGUUCAUAAGGUGCCUGGACGAAGUGAAGUGCAAGGGCAUUACAGUUGCAUCUAUCACUACUGAUCCUGCUGUCCGAAAGCACAUGCGUGAGAAUGAGCCAACCAUUGUCCAUGGAUUUGACAUCUGGCAUGUUGUAAAAGGGAUGAAGAAAAAGCUUGAAGCUGCAGCCAAUUCGCGUGCAUGUGCUGCCCUAAAACCAUGGAUGCAGCAUAUUUGUAACCACCUUUACUGGUGUAGUGGCAACUCUGAGGGGAAUACAGAGUUUCUGCUUAGCAUGUGGAGAAGUUUGACCCGGCAUGUUAUCAACAUCCAUGACAGCCAUGACGGACCAUACAACCGUUGCCUCCACGGUGACCUUGGCGACCGGAGACCCUGGCUGCAGCCUGGUAAUUGGAGGGCGUGAGGGCACUGUUGUUUCGAUAAAACUGUGCAAGAGUGCUAGACAAAAGGCUACUGAAGGAUAUUGAACAGCUCUCUACAGUGGGGCAAACAUCAGGCCUUGAAUCCUUCCACUCCUUGCUUCUGAAAUUUGCUCCCAAAUCAACGGCAUACACUCCAAAAGUUAUGCGUGCAAGGAUGGUGGCCUGAUGUACAGGAGAAAGCUAGUUAAGACGAAAAAGGGCACGGAAGUAGUUUCUACCAUGAAGACAAAAGCAACACAUAAGUAUAUAGACCAUCUUUUGAGGGAAGCAAUGACAACUUGCCAAGAUGUGAGCUACAGCGAAAUGGUAGCAGCCUGCAAAAGCCCUGAGCCUGUACCAAUGACUGCACAGUACGAACGGCAACCAAAGGAGGUCCUGUUAGCUAGAAGAAUGCUGCGGUUCCCAACAG